UCCCUUUCUGUCCUUUUUUCCCCUUGGCUUUAAACAAGGCCAGAGGUUUGGAAUUCCCUCCCCAUAUAAACAGCAAAAAGUAUUGCUUACUCAUCAUUGUUCCUGAACAUUUGAAGAAGACAGAGCAAGUGAAGUACUUGGAAGGGAAAGAAGGAGGUUUUAGAUGUUUGUUCCCGAUUGGUUGGUUCCUAAAAUGAUGACACUUGAGUGGAAGGCAAAAACUUUGUCCUGGGAAGAGGAACUUCAUCCUUCACCUGUUUAAUGAAGUUUGUGGCCAAAAGUGAAGUUCCUGGGGUGCAAAAUGUACUUUCACAGAGCUGUCAUUGCUAUCCACUGAGCCUUAUCCAAGGUUCUCAAGAAGAGAAUGAGUGCCUCAAUCGCUUUGCUUGCACUCUUUUGUGUUCUACCAUUCACCUUCUCCAGUUCGGUCAUUUAUUACACAAGUUCCGAGGGGAUAUGUGCAGAUAAAUGUGAUUAUCAUGGCUAUAAAUACACUUGGUGCAAACAAUAUGGUGGAAAUGGGAAAGAUUGGGACUAUUGCUCUUUAGAGGAAGGUCUGGAUGCUUCAGGCAAAAAAUGUGCCACAUCUUGUGAUUUUUUUGGGCAAUCCUACCGCUUCUGUUACCAUAAAGAUGGAGGAUGGCAUUACUGUGGAUUGCACAAGAUGCAAGAUUUCCUUGAAUACUCCCAGGAGAAUCACAUAUGUAUCAAGAACUGCAGAGCAACUCAAGGUUCUUUCCAUUGUGAAACUAUCUAUGGUCUUCAACGCUGCUCUCCGUUCCAUGACAUCACUCCUACUGGCUUGCCUUGCCAUAACAACUACCGUUGCGCUACAUAUGGGCACUCCUCAUAUCGCUGCCUUAUUGAUGACAAUGUAUCCAUGUGGGACCACUGCGGACGAAAUAGCUUGGAUGGGUGUGUUUGGGUUACCUAUGAGAGCAAUUCUUCCCAGGUAGAGGUCUGCACACUUUCCAACACCCUGAAGGAAGGCAAGGUCUUCUUCCUUAGGGAAAGGGAAGACAACAUGCUCCCGCCUUCUGAGGAGGAAUUCAAAAAUGCUGUCCACCUUAUUGAUAAAAUCAUGUCAGUCACAAGUCAUCCUGAUCCUAGACCUGAGGAAAACAUUGAUUUCUAUAAGAAAGAAGAUAUUUUCUGCAAGGGCAUCAAUUAUACCAAUGUUGAACUGCACAUAAAAUUAUCCAAUGAAACCACCGAGCCCAUUGCGCAUGUUGUCUUCCCAAGUUUCCUGAACUCUUCUCAUCUCUUGCGCCUAGCAUUUUAUACUAGUCUCCACAGCACUUUUCAUCCCCCUGCCUAUACCAUUGCUGUGUCUUUUGAUGAGCCAAUGUUGUGUUCUGCUGACCAUCAGUAACAAAUUGGCCUGAUCAUCUUGUUUUUAUAUCUCAUCGUGAUUUGUAUUUGACAUCUAUGCAGUUGCUGCUUUGCCAUACUGUACUAUCAUCACUGCAUUUACCAGUAUUUGUGGAUGCUUUCACUUCACAACCACUUACCACAAUAUUAUGUGCAGCGUUAAAUCUUUUAGUUGUUGGACUAGGUCCAACUGCAGUUGUCAUCAAUUACCAAUCCUCAGAUAUGCAUUCGUAAGUAUGCAUUACUGAUACCGGUACCUCUGCUCAAAAGAGAGCAUACAGUAUAAUGCAUACAGCAAGGCUUUUUACAAUUCCCUGUCUUUGUGGGUUAUCCUUUGUAAUUACUUCUCAUGAAAAGUACCUGAUAUUAAUGGAAUUAAUAAAAACGUAUGAAUAAAAAUAUGCAACUGA